CUGACGAUGAUGCUCAUCGAGUUUUCUUCUAUCAAGUCCUCGUUUUCCAGCUCUGGGAUAUCCACAAGCUCUCCCUCUUCCAAUAGCUCAAGCUCUUUCAGCUCAUGGAGUAACGAUGAUUCCUUCUUCUUUCUAGUGCGAUUCAUCGCUUAUCAAAAACAGGAACGAAGCCACACAGGCCUAAUGAACUACACUGACUGCUAGGAGGUCAGGUAGAAUGAACUUUGGAACCAGAGGUCGUAGAUCUGCUUCUCAAUCUUGACGAGAACUGCCAGAUCUGGUUUCCAAAGACUUGCGACGAGAAACCUAAGUCUGCUUCACCUUUCGAAAGCGAAAAGAGUCAGAUCUGGGAACAGAAUAGAAGAUCUGAGAUGAAAACCCUAGCUCCCCUCUCGUCGCCGUUUCUAUCGCCUUUCAUCUUAAUCGUUUUGUAAAACUAUAUUCUGAUAUGAGUACUUCUCUUUUAAUAAUAUAGAUAUGAGUCUAGACGGGUUUCAUGUUUCCAAAAUGAAUAUGAUUAUUCGCAACGAAAAAUAGUUGCAAUGUAAAAAUUAAAAAAAAAAAAAAAACCAAGAGAACAUUAUUCAAAAACGCCAAAUUCCCCUUAUUUGUAACUUACAUCUCUUUACGUUGGUUAACAAAUUCUAUAUAUUUAAGAGGAAACCAAACAGAAAAAGAAAAUUAUUUUUUGCUAAAGGAUAUUGUUAGGUGUCGGUUGAUUCGGUGUCGGUAAAAAAAGUGUUGAGGUGAUCACCAUUCUUAUAAAUUCAACACAACCCUAAAACAAAACAUUAACUAUUUUAGGUCUGUUAUCUUCGAAUGAUAGUGUUUCUCGAGUAAAGUAGCCAUGAGAAUCAAUUUCGACCACGAAAUCGAUAACAAUCCUCAACCGGAAGAAGCUGGCACGAUCACAGUCACUGCCACGAUCUUUGGCGACGAUGAUGAGUUUGACACGCCAUUCACGACUAGGUCGCACUCCAUACAAGACGUAUUCGGUUGUGAUGAGGACGAAGACUCCGACUGUCAGAUCGUACGGGAAUUGAAGUGUUUCCUCCUGGUGGAAGCCAAUAUCGUCGACGACGACGUUAUUGGUGAUGCGAUGAGGAAACUAGUUGCCUACAUUGACGGUGUAGCUUGUUUCACAAGUAACAGUGGCUAUUCUCUUGAAUGUGCUUUAUCGGUUCAGAUGGAUCUUUUUCCUGAUUCUCGGUCUCAGAUUGAAGAAGCCAUUCAAGUCUCCUUCGACGAGACGAGUAAUAACACCCGGUUUAUACCCGCUAGCAAGGUCGUGGUCAAAACCCUAAUAAGGAAAGUAUACAAGAAGAAGAUCGAAAAGGAAAACAUGAACAAGAAGAAGAAGAAGAAGAAGAAGAAGAUUAGCUUGGAAGAGUGCACAAUUUGUUUGGAGGAGUUUAAGAAUGGAGGAAGAGUUGUGCCAUUGGCUUGUGGACAUGUGUUCGACGAGGAGUGUAUCGUGAAGUGGCUUGAGACCAGUCAUGUUUGUCCAUUGUGUCGUUACGAGCUGCCAUGUGAAGAUCAAAUGAAUUAAGUGCUCCAUCGGUUUCACAAGUAGUAAGAGAAUGUGGAUUUGGCUUAGGAGGGUUACUUAUUAUAGUGAAGCUCUCUUUAAUUAGUACUCUCUUUAAAAAAAAAAUCCAUCCGUUUGUUUUGCUACUUUGAAGCAUGUUGUGUAUACUUGUCAUAAUAUCCUCUUCUGUUGUCUCAAAAAAACUUGGCUAACAUUUAUAAAGAAACGCUUAUUGUGUUGUAAAAGUUAAAAGGCUUUUGGUUAUGUUAAGAAAUUGUUCUCAAGAGAGAGAGAGGAAAAUAUACAAAAUAUUGAAACUAACCUGUGUUGUUGUACAUUCUAUUCCCAAAGUUGGUUGUUUCUUUUUAGCAAAAAAAAUAAAAAAAUGGUUGUUUCUGUAAUAACCUUCCUGCAAGGUGAAGGGAACAAUCUUUCGUAAGUGACGAGUUCAGGAAACUGAAAUGAAAUACUGAAUCUUUGGUCUAUAUGAUUUUAGUUAAAAUGAAUAAUAUAACACAACACACUUUGUGAAUCUCUGAUUCUUUCAACAAAUUUUCUGAAUGAUUUUAUUCCUCAGAGAGAACUAACUACACUUCAUACAGUUUCCAACUAUUACACUAACUAGCUCUGAUAUUUUGUCAUUCUCAAACACCCUUACUUAACAAAAAAAAAACACACUCACUUAAACCAUGAUUAACCGCAGUCUCUUAACUGAGAUUCUUAGCUUCGACCAAUAGACGACUCUUAUCUUUUCUUAGAUUUUAACUAAGAAAAACUAAAAACCGUGAGAUAUAAGAACCGUCUCUUAGCAAAAAAAAAAUAAAAAAAAAAAGUCAAAUCAUGAGUUAAAAACCCCAGUCUAAGAGACCGGAGUUAAUGAUGCCCUUAAACACAUACUUAAGUGGCUUAUGCCUCUGAAAAAGUUACAAACAAACUUUUGCCGGCUCGGUGUAAUCCUUAGUUGAAUAAAUAUGAUAUAAAUUUACCGGAUGACAAAAAAAAAAAAAGACACACCAUGCGGUUUGUCUUAUCAUAGAGAGAACUUCUUGCCGUCUUUAAUCAUUUCGCC